ACAUAGGCCAGAGUGCACAUGCCUUGGUGGCAAGUAGAAGCACAAAAACAAAACCAAAUGGCUGUUCAGCAUGAAACUAAGGUCACUCUAUACAUUUGGCUUGAGCUCUAUGAUGUGGCACAUUCUGGAUUUUACAGUGGCACAGCUCAUAUACACCUGAUUGUGUUGAGUGGUAUACUGACUGUAAUAUAAAAAGAUGGGACAAAGGGUUAUGUAUUAAAAGAGCACUGACACAAAAUUUUGAAGCUGAUAUAACUUGUAUGAUAGAUUGGUGUUGACACACACGCGCACAUCAUCUACAAAAUAUCGAUAAUUAAUAUAGCCUAGAACAUAUUUAGAAUAAAUUUUAAAGUGUGUGCCAUGCAACUGGGCGCAAAAUGGAGCUUUGUGAAAUCACUUUGGUGUGUAUGUAAACCAACAGCCAUCUACAUCACGAGUUUGUGCAGGCUGCCAUGACCCUUAUGUGCGCUCUAACCAGCAGUUGUCAACGCGGUGCUGACGUGCAGUCACAAUCUGCGGCAUGCAUUAUUGACCUUGGCCGAGGAAUUUUAAUGGAAAACCAGAAGUGGCAGUGGCUUCCAGAAGAAACCGAGGGCUCCCUUGCUUUCUCAGAGAGAAAGAGCAAAGGCACUGUGGCGCAUCGAAAACCUGCACAACUAGAGCAUCCCUGGUUCACCAUGCUGCUCUUUCAUCAAAGAGGAAGGUCAUCAUCCUCAGAGAAGCUUCAUGCACUGAAGCAUGCUUUCCACCAGAGGAGCAGGUGGGAAACGAGUUCUUCCAAGGGAGCGUCUACGAUACCUGGCGGGCAAGCUGAAAGUCAUCAGAAGGCCGAAUGAAUAAAUCGUUGGUGGUUCAUCUGCAUGUACAACCAUCAACUGUUGUGUGCACCUUUUUGCAGAUCCAUAUUACUUAGUCACAAUCUGUGCCAGUAACACAUAUCAGUAACUGGCUUUUUGAUUGAGGCUUC